CUUGACCUAAUCCCUGCCCGUGUUUACAGGGUGUUAGUGGGCGAGCAGAUUAUGGAGCUAACUAGCUUUGUAGCUAUCCUAUAUCGCACAAAUGUAACGUUAUGUGGUUUAUAUAAAUAGCUAGUUCAGGGUACAGUCCGGUGAGUUUGGGCUCAUUCAGGGUUGGUGAGGACAUUUAACGGUCGGGAAUGAGACGUCUGUUGAGUUUGGUUAUUAAUGCUCCUAUCAGGACCAUGUGGCAAGCCGUCUGCCCGCAUAAAUUAAAAACUGUAUCUGCCCUGCUGUGCACGUCGUCUUUCCAGGGAGACAGCAUGUGUAACGGGACGCAGAACAGCAAAAAGGCGUUGCUGUCUGAUCCUCAGCUGUUUGAAACCCAGUUUGACGAGCUGGUGACGGAGCUGUCGGAGCGGGACCUCACUGACCCUUCACUGGCUGAUGCUCUGAACAGGCUGAAAGAGGUUUUGGUGUAUAAUUCACCCGGAGGCAAGAGGAACAGAGGCCUGUCUGUGAUUGGCUCACUGAGGGAGCUGCUGCCUCCCACGCAGCUCACACAGGACACGGUGCGGCGGGCUCUGGUGGUUGGAUGGUGCAUUGAGUUGCUUCAGGCAUUUUUCCUCGUGGCUGAUGAUAUCAUGGAUGCAUCUGUGACUCGGAGAGGACAGCCCUGCUGGUACAAGAAGGAUGGGAUCGGGCUGGAUGCCAUCAAUGACUCAUUUCUCUUAGAAGGGUCAAUCUACAGACUGCUUCGCAAACAUUGCAGGGAUCAACCGUACUACGUCCACUUACUGGAGCUAUUUACUGAGACAACUUUCCAGACUGAGCUCGGCCAAGCUCUGGACCUCAUGACGGCUCCUCCAGGUCAGAUCGACCUCAACAGAUUCACCAUGGAGAGGUAUAAAGCUAUUGUCAAAUACAAGACUGCCUUUUACUCUUUUUACCUCCCGGUGGCAGCUGCAAUGUACAUUGCAGGAAUUGAGAGUGAGGAGGAACACAAUAAUGCCAAACAUAUCUUACUGGAGAUGGGAGAGUUCUUUCAAAUACAGGAUGACUACUUGGAUUGUUACGGAGACCCUGCAGUGACAGGAAAGAUUGGCACAGACAUCCAGGACAACAAAUGCAGCUGGCUGGUGGUGACGGCUCUGCGAAACAUGACUCCUGAACAGAGAGCAGAGCUGGAGGCAUGUUACGGGCGCCACGAUGACGCCUGUGUGGAAAAGGUCAAAGCGCUGUACAACACCCUGCAAAUGCCAACACUGUACCACACGUAUGAGGAAGAGAGCUACCAGCGGCUACAGAAACUCAUCGCGUGUCACGCUCAAAACCUUCCCCACUCGGUGUUCCUCAACUUCGCCAAGAAGAUCUACAAGAGGAACAAGUGAGAGGAAACGGUGGUUAUACACAGUGACAGGUGCAUCGGUCUGGUUCUCCUUUGACUUUUCCCAUGAUGCACACGAGCUCCUCUCUCUUUACGGCGGGUUUGCCACGGAUGAGGCUCUGACUACCAACAGCACGACCCGCGCAGCACUUGGAAAUCCUGCAGGCUGUCUCGUACCCUUGCAGUGAUUUGUAGAUAUUUAGUGGCGAAUGUCUUUUCCUCCAUACUACCUAUUUAUUGAACCCAGAGCAAAAUGCACAGUGUCUGCAGACGCUUCUCUACUGUAGAAUCCAGUAGAUGUAAGACUGACGCAGACGGGUCUGCUUUCAUAUUUAGUCUGCCCUGAGGAGAACACGGCAGCAUAAAGUUACGUAUUUCAUCAGAUAGUUGAGAAAGUUUUGAUUUUCUGGGAAAGGAUAUAUUAUUAAUUAGAGAUUGUACAUAUAGGACAGCAGAUGUACAGAAGACAAAGGGUUAAACCUUAUCAGCUUUUUAAUUCUAAAUAUUUUUAUAUUUCUGCUAUUACUGGCCUGAAUGUUAUUGCUUUUAAUAAAUAAUGUAUGAACUGUA